AUAACUCCGGCCGAAGAGGACCCAGAGCUGAAUCGGCUCUUGGCCCUUUGAACACUGCCGCGUGGCCUCUGGAUCCGCGGGACCGCCAGCUCCUGGGGAGGAGCGAUAAGGCAGAUUCCAGACCCAGAAGUAUUGCCGGGAGUGCAAAGACGACCUAGAAAAUAGACCAGGCGUCCAGGAAGAAGCAAUCGGGACCAGGGCCUAUCCUGGAGCAGACAGGAAAACCAGCUAUGGGACCCCAAAAACCCUCCUUCAGGGAAGGAGUCAGAGGAUUGGUCUAAAUGACUGGAGCAGCAAGUCUGGAAACUUCCCGACAUAGCUUCUUCAUAUGACCAAAUCCGCUGUGCCCUGACUACCGACCUGCUCUAGUAAAUGCAUGUCUGGAAGGUUCCCCACAUAGCUUCUUCACAUGCCCAGAUCCGCUGUUCCUUGACUUCCAAACUGCUCAAGUAAGAUGGAGUCAGUAUCCUUUGAGGACGUGGCCGUGAAUUUCACCCAGGCUGAAUGGGCUUUGAUAAAUCCUGAUCAGAGAUGCCUGUACAGAGACGUGAUGCUGGAGACCUGCAGGCACCUGGCCUUCGUGGAGGGUUUAUCUCCAGGAAAAGACAAUGGUACUCUUGGGCAUGUCUUGGAGAAUAAGUUGUUCAGUGAAAACUGCACUGUGGGGUACAUGAGCAAUGAUUCCUGCAAUCGUUUAGGAGAGAAGCAGAUGUACCCUGAUGUUAGUGACCAGCACCAAACUCAGAAGCAGAAACAUAAACACCUCUUGCCAAAGAGUCUCGGUUAUGGUCACCAAGCCCCCACACAAGCCAGAGGAACCUCGAAGCAGACUCGAAACCUCUCUGCACCCCAGAGUCCCGCUGCUACUUCUUCUGCGGAAUGUUCUUCUCCCCAAGACCCUCCAAUACUUCCCCACUGCUCUCCUCCAGGUGACCUCAAGAACGCCUUUAAGUGCCCUGAGUGCCCACAGAGGUUCCAGUAUCCCUGUAGGCUGCGUGCCCACGCUAAAGUGCACUCUGGGGUGAGGCCUUUCGCCUGCGAGCAGUGUGGGAAAAGCUUCAGUUAUCGCUCCCAUCUGCUUCGGCACAGCCUGAUUCAUACUGGGGAGAGGCCAUAUGAUUGCGAGGAGUGUGGGAAAAGCUUCAGGACUCACUCAAACCUGCGUAGUCACAGCCGGACCCACACUGGGGAGAGGCCGUAUGACUGUGAACAGUGUGGGAAAAGCUUCAGUACUAGUUCGGACCUGCAUAAGCACAGCCGAAUCCACACCGGGGAGAGGCCGUAUGACUGCGAGCAGUGUGGGAAGAGUUUCAAGACUCGCUUCACUCUGCUUCAGCACAGCCGGACCCACACCGGGGAGAGGCCAUAUAACUGCGAGCUGUGUGGGAAGAGUUUCAAGACUCGCUUCACUCUACUUCAUCAUAGCCGCACUCACACUGGGGAGAGCCCGUAUGACUGCGAGCAGCGUGGGAAAAGCUUCAGUACUCGUUCAGUCCUGCAUAAGCAUAGCCUGAUCCACACCGGGGAGAGGCCAUAUGCCUGCGAACAGUGUGGGAAAAGCUUCAGGUUUCGCUCCAAUCUGCAUCAGCACAACCCGUUACACACGGGGGAGAGGCCGUAUGACUGCGAUCAGUGUGGGAAAAGCUUCAGGUUUCGCUCCAAUCUGCAUCAGCACAGACUAAUUCACACUGGGGAGAGGCCAUAUGACUGCGAACAGUGUGGGAAAAGAUUCGGGACUCUCUCGGAAUUGCGUAGGCACAGCCGGACCCACAGUGAGGAGAGGCCAUAUGGCUGCGAGCAGUGUGGGAAAAGCUUCAAGGCUCGCUUCACUCUGCUUCAGCACAAAAUGAUCCACACAGGGGAGAGGCCGUAUGACUGUGAGCAGUGCGGGAAAAGCUUCAGGAUUCGCUCGAGUCUGCGACAGCACAGCUUGAUCCACACUUGGGAGAGGCCGUAUGACUGUGAGCGGUGUGGGAAAAGCUUUAGGAGUUGUUCUAACCUGCGUAAGCACUGCCGGACCCACACUGGGGAGAGGCCGUAUGACUGCCCCUAGUGCAGGAAGGCAUUCCGGCAUAGCAACACAAGGGCUGAGCACACGCGCAUCCACAAGUGUGAGCGACUCUACAUGUGCCUACAUUGUGGGAAAGGUUUCCACAGCCCGUGCACCAACCGGGACCACCAUGUGACGCACUCGAUCCAGAGUCGCUUCCAGUGUCCUAAGUGCAACAAGGCGUAACGCAGUCAUUCCUACUUCAGAGACCACCAUCGGACACACAAAGCGACCCAGCCUCUCACCCGCAGGGAGUGCUGCAGAGUCUUCAGCCUCCCCAAAAUCCUCCGCCGACAUGAAGGCUUGUUGAGGAGUAGCUGUUUGUGUACCACUGCAGGCAGGGUUUUGGCAGUGCUGCAACCCAUGUCUGCCGAACUCACACUGGGGAGAACUGAUGAACGUAUCUUUUGCCCUAUGCCAGGAUAGUCUCCUGGUCUUCUACUAACCUGUGGGGCAAGAAACGUAGGGGUUGCAAGAGUGUGUGGGGUGCAACUCUGUGCCUCAAUUUCUAACCCCCCACUCAAAGCUCAGGGUAAAGCCAUUUCUUUCUUAAAUCAUGUUUUUCUUUUUUAAAAAAAUUUAUUCUUUUAUUGAAUCACCAUGUGAAAAGUUACAAAGCUUUCAGGUUUAAGUCUCAGUUAUACAAUGCUUGAACACCUAUCCCUUCACCAGUGCACACAUUCCUCGGGCAACCACCUAGAAAUCCAUUGCCCUACCUGCUGUGCUAUUGUGAUCACCCCCGAAAACUCUAAUCUCCGAUGCUGUAAAGUCAUUUUUGACAUGUGGAGCGUCUGAAGAGAGUCUAGUGGGGAAUUCUAUUUGAGUGAUGUUAUGUUCCUUGUGGUUAUAUUUCCUUGGUGCCCACACCCGGUGCCGCUCCAGUCAGAUUCCUGGCUCUGCUCUCAUCGAUCAAUCCUGCAUGCCUUUGGGGAACCUGUAAUAUGUUCCAGUUCCCACCAGGUGAAUUGCUGCAUGGCCAGUACCUUUAUAUGGCUCUGGGUCUGAAAUUUUAUUUUAUUUUAGCUGCUGCAUGUUAUCCACGAUGGUUUCAAGUAGGGUUUACAAGGAUCAAGUACUACAGAGUUUUUUUAUUAUUAUUAAUAUUAUUAUUAUUAUUAGAUGGAACAGAUUGGUACUCAGAAUUUACCUCUGGUUAUAGACUCGGGGAUUACUCCGACAGUGCUGGGAACAGUUCAGGUUGUUUCGUAUCAAACCCGGUUUGGCUGCAUGCAAGCUGGGCUCCUGCCCACUAUCUUACUGCCCUGGUGACAUUGAUUGAGGCAAAAUUAGCACUGACCAGGGACUGGAGCGAUAGCACAGCGGGUAGGGCGUUUGCCUUGCACACGGCCGACCCGGGUUUGAUUCCCAGCAUCCCAUAUGGUCCACUAAGCACCGCCAGGAGUAAUUCCUGAGUGCAGAGCCAGGAAUAACCCCUGUGCAUCGCCAGAUGUGACCCAAAAAGCAAAAAAAAAAAAAAAAAAAUUAAAAUUAGCACUGACCAUAGUGAAGAUACCCGUGGCUCAACCGACUAACAGCAGCCCUGAGAGGCCAGUACGAUGUUCUGCCACGAGACCCGAACAAAGAGAAACGCCGGCAGCGGAGGCAGACAGACGUGUCCAGGGAUUGGUGUUGAUUCAACACUCAGAGUGGAAUCUCGUCACAGAUAUGCCCUCGAAUAUCGUUUUUCUUCAAUCACAAUCAUGGAUACAUCAGUGUCACAUGAGCUUUGGUCACUGUUGUAAACAUUGUUGGCUGGUCAUUUGGACAAGAAUCCUCCUAGCUGCUUAUACCUGUGCAUCUGCUUACCCUAUUGUGUGUACAUUUACAGAUGUUAGUGACUCUACUAUAAAUGUCCGUUUAUAAUGAAUGUCAGUGUUUUCAUUUCUCAGGGGAAGCAUUUUCAUUUAUUCUCCCGACCCUGGAAUUGGGAGAAGAGUCUCCCUCCCUCAGAGCUAAAAGACCCUUCAUUGUGCUCUGUGUGUUGAACGAAGUGAAGGUUCCAUGUAUCAGAAAUAGAGUGGGUCGCUGUGCCAUGGGGACAUCAUGAUCUCUUGGCAAUUGUAGUAGAAGCUCAAGGAUCCCACCCUGGAGCAGAUUACCUAGUAAUUUUGAGUAAUCACCUUGGAUGAGAUUUUGUCCCUGGGGAGUGGUCUUGCCUCUCUUUGUUGAUGUGUUUAAUGUUCCAACCCACCUUUGUGUUACCGUCCUAUGUAAUUUCUAUAUAAACUAAGACUGUAGAAGAAGUGAGGAAGAAGACACAAGCAGGGGGAAGACACAGAAGCAGAGUAUAAAGUGAAAUAAGUGAGAGCGAAAGGGGCUUGGGAGAGAGAGAAGCAGAGAGAGAGAGAAGCAGAAGGGGAACAGAGAUUGGAAUAAGCUGCAACUGAUACCGACCAGCCUGGCACUCGUUCCUUCCUUUGCCUGCCCAUCUCCAUCAGCCUCCCUGGGAUGGGAGAAGCUGUGUGAGACUACCGAAUGUGGGCUGCAGGAGAGAUAGAGCCCCGCUGCCUUUUGAGAACACACAAUAGAGGGCACAGAGCAAAAUAGAAGAAGGAAAAACCCAAUCAGUGAGCUUGAAGGCACAGUAGAGGAAAUUCUCCAUACCCACCGGUAAAAUAAAGAGGUAAUUAAAAAUCAUCAGAAUGAAAACCAUGUAAACUACAUGGAAAUCCAGAGGCUAUACCCCAGGGAUUCCAGAGGAAGAAGAGGAUGAAAUUGGCAGAGUUCAUAUAUGGUUCUGGAGCACACCUGUUAAUGCUGAAGGGUUAGUCCUGACUACACUCAGGAAUCACUCCUGGUUUGUUCAGGGAAACAUAUGGGAUACUGGGGAUUGGAUCCUGGUCAUUUGCAUGCA